ACCGAGAGCUCUCGCUUUUCCCAGAGAAAGAAAACACUGAGCAUACAUGUGUGAUCUUGUGCUCCAAAGCUGACAAGAUAUUGCUUCAUAAAGAUGGGCAUUUGGGUUCUUGGUUGCCCUGUGGUGUAUUGAAGGAGUUGCUCCUGAAUACAGCUGUUGCAUUGGUGAAAUUAAGGGAAGAGAACAAAACAGCCACAACAAAAACGCUGGAAGUGAAACCUUGCUCAACAUUUACUUAAUGUUCAUCAAUGAUUACAAAGUCAAGCACAGUUCAUUGCAAGGCACUCAGAAAUCUCUUUUAAGAUCUAUUUUGUUCUCAGAAGAUGCUGUCUAGAUUAAAUGUUGGGGAUGACUGAUUAAGAAAGCAACAUUUGGCAUCCAUCUCACUCCAACAUGUCCCUCUGUGCAUCAUCUCACAAGGAAUCUUCUCAUUUGCCACCAAUUCAAGAUCUCGGCUGUAGUAAAAGAGAAGCCAAAAGCGCCAUCUCUGAGCAGAGCUCUCCCAUCCCUUUCAGCUGCAGCCAGGCUGCUCUGACUGUGGAACACAGCCCGAUCUACAUUCCAUCCUGUUAUAUGGAGAACAGACCUGACUACUCAGCCAUGGCUUUCUACAGCCCUUCGAUGAUGAAUUAUAACAUUCCGGCCAAUUUCAGCGAUUCAGAAAAUGCCACUUUAAGGCAAGCGGCAAGUCCAAGCAUGUUGUGGUCCAGUUCUGGUCACAUCUCUCCUCUGACAGUACACUGCCAGUCAUCGGUUUUAUAUGCAGAGCAGCCAAAAAGCCCUUGGUGUGAAGCCCGACCUGUGGAUCACGUCUUGCCUAUUCACAGAGACACCCUGAAAAGAAAAAACAGCAGCAGUGACUCUACCAGUCCCACCACAAACAGUCCUGGUUCAAAAAGAGAUGCACAUUUCUGUGCUGUAUGUAACGAUUAUGCAUCUGGAUAUCAUUAUGGGGUUUGGUCAUGUGAAGGCUGUAAAGCCUUCUUCAAAAGAAGCAUCCAAGGGCACAAUGAUUAUAUUUGUCCGGCGACAAACCAAUGUACAAUAGAUAAAAACAGACGCAAAAGUUGCCAGGCCUGCCGACUCCGGAAAUGUUAUGAAGUAGGGAUGAUGAAAUGUGGUUCAAGAAGAGAGCGUUGUGGGUAUCGUAUUGUUCGCCGUCAUCGCAAUCAAGAAGAUUUGGUGCAUUGUGGAAGCAAAGGGAAAAAGAAUAAUGACAGUAUCAUUCAAGCAAAAGAAGCCCAGGGCAAUGCAAUAAGCCCAGAACGGUUUGUCUCCAUAUUACUUGAAGCUGAACCACCAAAUGUGUUAGUGAGUCGCCCCAACAGGCCAUUUACAGAAGCUUCCAUGAUGAUGUCCUUGACGAAACUUGCAGACAAAGAAUUGGUCCACAUGAUUGGUUGGGCGAAAAAAAUCCCUGGCUUCAUAGACCUGAGUCUAUAUGAUCAAGUAAGGCUUUUGGAAAGCUGUUGGUUGGAAGUAUUAAUGGUGGGUCUAAUGUGGAGAUCCAUUGAUCACCCAGGGAAGCUCAUAUUUGCACCAGAUCUUGUGCUUGACAGGGAUGAGGGAAAAUGUGUAGAAGGAAUUUUGGAAAUCUUUGACAUGCUCUUGGCAACAACUUCAAGGCUUCGAGAGCUGAAAUUGCAGCACAAAGAAUAUCUCUGUGUAAAGGCAAUGAUUCUUCUCAAUUCCAGCAUGUAUCCACUGUCAUCUGCUACAGAAGAACCUGAGAGCAACAAAAAACUGAGCCAUCUUCUAAACUCAGUGACAGAUGCGUUGGUGUGGGUCAUUGCAAAGAGUGGGGUCCCUUUACCUCAACAAACAACUCGCUUGGCAAAUUUGUUGAUGUUACUUUCUCAUGUUCGUCAUGCAAGUAACAAAGGGAUGGAGCAUCUUCUUAGUAUGAAGUGCAAGAAUGUAGUACCAGUCUACGAUCUGUUGCUGGAGAUGCUCAAUGCUCACACUGUCCGCAGUCACAGGAAAAUACCCGUCGCCAAUCUUGAGAAUAGUCCAUUGGAACCAACAGAGGCAACAGAUGAAGUCCAGCAGUGAUUUCAUAGAAGUCCAAAUCCAGGAAAAUCCCAAAGAAUAAAAAAGAAUAAAAGAAAUAUCCAGAUCAAAACUUUGGAUCUUUGCUAUUAAGAAAACUACGGCAUCUUUACAAUUUUUACUGGACCAUUUGUUAAUCUUUUUCAGACUGAAUGUUGUCUGUCAACUAAGACCGUUUUAGAAAAGCCCCAUGUGGUUGGAACUGAACAGCCAGCUGAUGAUUUGUGGUUUUAUCAAAUGUUGCAUUUCUGGAGUGCCUUCUAUCAUAGAGGAGACUAUUUAACUGCCAAAACAGCCUUAAGCUUCAUGGUAUCCUAGGUAGAUGCCAAUAUAAGCUUCUUUUCUUUUCUUUUUUUAAAGGAGAGCUGGACAACUCAAAAACCUAAGAUCUCACAAUGAAUAUCUGUCAGGGCAGAAAGAGAGGCAACUUCUGAUAAGAAACUGAAUAGUUUGACAUGACGCUAUUCAUCAAUGCAUCAAGCCGCACAUUAGAUCAAACAGGAAAAACUGCUUGCAUUGAAAAUGCAUGUUGUUCAGCUUGUUAAUUGCAAUGGACAUUUGAUAUGUUUUUCCAUUGUGCAAAUGUACAUUAGAUAAGUUAGAAAAGGGGAAUAAUGAGCAGGUCUUCAUAUUUAAUUGCAAAGCCUUGGUUUGGAGAGCUUGUUUCUAGAUUCGUUCUGAUAAAAUGACCUGGAAGCAUUUUAAAGCCCCAGUUGGUCUUGACUGCUACCUAAGCAUUUACCAUGCGUUUGAGUUCUAUGUUCAAGUACCUGUGGCUUUUAUUUCCUCUUAGAAACGUGUACAAUAUACUGCUAUCGUUGUGAAGGAAUUAUUGCAAUGAAUAUUCAGCAUUUGUGAAUAGUGAUGUAAUAUUUGAAGUACUGAAGAUCAAAAAUAAUUAUGGUUAUUUUAUAUGAGAUUGAGGUGUUUACAGACAAACCUGGAAGUACAAAAUAGGAAAUGGAGGACCAAAUAGAAUAUGUCUGAUCAACCACCUUAUGCAUGUCCAUGUGCCAACCGUUGAGCCCUGUCAAUCACAUUCAUGUAUCCCUACCAGCUUUUCAUUGUAGGAGGCAGCUCUACGCAAAUAUAUAAAACAUAGUCAGAGCUGGUGGCAUCAUUAAGGAUAGUUAAGGAAUUGUGUAUGCAUUUACACAUAUUCAUAUUCCUUAUGAAUAUCGAAAUGCAUACAUUAUUCUAAAGCUUGCAAAAUGAUCUGCAUCAUUUUGUUUUAUAUGCUAGCACCUGGGAUGAAGAAGUUAGCCUAGGAAAUGCCCUUAAGAAUGCAAGGUUUAGUAUCCCUGAACCAGACCUGGAAACCGUGAACUGUGCCUGACUCCACUGCUCUUCAUGUUGGGUUCUCUUUAAGAAGUGUCCAGAAACUUCAACUGAUACAAAACGGGGCAAGCAAAAUCAGUAAUAGCUUCAGUAAGCCACAAUAACACAUUGUUAUUGAAACACACAUUCUACCUUUCCAUAGCUAUAUUCAUUUAAGGCAAAUAUUUACAUCAUGACAUCAUUACAUGCAUUAUGUCCCUUGACCUCUCAUCAAUAGACCUUCAUAACUAGGCAACUAAGUUAGGCACGAUAUUGACACCUCUGCUUGUUGUCAGUUCUGUUUGGGGUACAAUUAAUUUUUUUAUUUUAUUUUUAAAGUCCUAAACUUCUUUGAAUAUAAGAUCAUGCAUCUCAAUUUCAUCCUGUCCGGUCAUGAAAAUCUAUUCAUUUAUUCUUUCUACAUAUAACAUAUUCUAAGGCAGUUUGUAAAAUUUAAGCAACAUCUAAAAUAUCUACAUCAUAUUUUAUAUUUAAACAACCAUAAGUACUGAGAAUAAUUGGAAAACAAUCAUGAUGAAUUAUUUAAAUUAAUUAUACUCAGUCAAAUUAAAGUUCAGCAGGUGACAUCUUCUUAAAGACGCCCCUCCAUUCCAAGGUUUGUGCGUUGGACAAUUGAGAAAAGGCUUCCUUGCUGUUUCUCUCAACCUUUGGAACGCCAUCUCAUGUUUGACUUCCUCCUUCAGCUUUUAGGAAAGGGAUGCAGACUUUCUCUGUAAUCAGACCUGUUCUGUCUGAAACAGUCAAUAAUUAGUUCAAAUGGUUUAAAUCAGGGGUCUCCAACCUUGACAACUCUACAACUUGUGGACUUCGACUCCC